UCGUAAUCAUGCCUUGGUUUCAAGCGCACAACUUCUUCGACUCGCUUCGCCCUGUCUACCUUGUUUCGAAGUUCUUUCACGUACACUUCGAAACCGUGGACUUCGAAGAGCAAACCGUUCGCCGUACUCUCGUCGAUCAAGUUCGCUUCGUUCUCAGUACACUGAUGGAUUUAUCCUUCCUUUUUAGAAGUGCGCAUGCUAACAUUCCCUAUCUGCACCUUACGGACUCCGUUCUGGUCAAUGUCGGUAACUACUUGGGCCUCAUGCUGCUCGUGAUGUUGACGUACACUCUGCCACUGUGGAAUCACUACAAAAGCACAGAAAUAUUCCAGCUCUACACUGGUAUCAACGACUGUGAUCGGAAACUCAGAGAGUUGGGGAUUAUUAUCGAUCAUCGGAAGCACCGUAUUUUCAGCACGGUGAACAUCGUCGCUUCCAUGUGUAUUGCAGUGACCAUAACCCUUAACGGAUUAUCCGUUCGACGUAACAAGGCGUUCAACAAUGACCAAUACACCAAACUCGAAACAGUUGUGGCCAUGUUUCGGUUAUCCAGCAAUUUCAGUUUGUUCAUCAGCUACACCAGGCUGACGCUCAUGUCGAUCAACGGACGGCUCGAUAGACUCCAGUAAGCUUUUGUAUAUAACGUACAAC